AUGGCGCAUUCAACAAAGAUUCACACCCGAGCUGGAUCACGGACAUCACUCGUCUCAGUCGGGCAAAUGCCCGUCAUCAGAGAAGACAGCAUCAUCGCCCCGGCACCAGUAAUGCUCCGCAUACCCUCAAAGAAUCCUCGCCGGAGUCUAGGUCCGCCGCCUCAGGGGAUAAUUAUACCGUAUAUAGCAGGAUUUCAAGAUCUGCCGCCAGAAAUGCUGGCCGUAACGGAGUGCAGAAAGACUGAAGGCACGGAUGGAGACGAAAAGACUGUCGUUGGGCAAAUGACGCCUCCGCCUACAGAAACGUCGAAGAAGAAGAAGAAGCGAUGGAAUGGAGAGGAGUGGACACCGAGCGGUUCCCAGCGAAAAUGCUACUUGGUGAUUGUUUCAUCGGUGGUCUUGGUGAUUAUUGCCGGGCUUGCGACUGGACUCACGCUGGGCCUGACGAAAACACCAGUCUUGGACAACCCCUACAACACUCCAGAUGCCUGUUCUCCAAACCUGCUUAUCGGAGGCUCUACAGCCGACAAGGGCUCUCUACGGUUCAUCGUUAGCAUGCAGUCCCAUCCCGAAUGCUUCGCGCUGCCUCUUUUCUAA